AUGGUAUCGGAGGCUCCCAUGAGUUGCCACCGAACCUUCCCGGUGUCCGUCGUGAUCCGCGAGAAGGUGCCCAGCUUCGACGGCAGCCACUUUGUCACCGCCGGCGAGCCCAUGCCUGAGGAGACGGCCACCGCCAGCACCAGGAGCUCGGUGCGGAGCAGCAGGCGCGGCACCUGCGCGCCGUCGGGGCCGCGAUGGAGGCGCUCGCGGCCCGAGCGGCGCUGCAGCGGGAGCGGGGGCGCCGGUGCUUCCGACGACCACGAGUGCCUCCUGCUGGACGGUGGGCGCACGCGGCUCGCCAGCGCGCGCGGGGCGGCGGUGGGGCGGGUGCGCGCCUUUGUCCGCGCCGGUGGGGUGCUCUGA